AUGCACCGUCGACCCACACUCCCUGAAUCUGAUGAGGACAAUGUUGAGGAACAUGCAUCAUCGCCUUCUACACCCCCAGUGAAGAAGACUCCAUCUCACUCUCAGACUACCAAGCGCCAUCAAGCUAUACUCUCUGAGGAUGAUGAGGAACGUACACCAUCGUCUUCCCCACCCCCAGUGAAGAAGAUUCAAUCCGACUCUCCUCUACCCCCACUUACCGAGGAUGAAGAUAACAAGCCCUCCCCUCUGCCACUACCGAAGCCUAUGAAACAGGCAAAGAACAUAGCACCUCACACUGCUGUCACUCCCUCCCCUCAGCCUGCUGCAAAAAAGGUCAGUUUGAAGUUGAAACUUCCCCCUGCUAAUACAUUCAUUAAGGACGAGGAAAUCUCUCCCGACGCACCAGUGGCACCGAAGAAGAAAGGGAAAAAGACUUCUACCAAAGCCACCAAACAAAACCCUUCUCAUGGCAAGAAACGAACGAACAGCUUCUAG